AUGUUCUUUAAUGUACAUGGCAAACAACCUGGCAACCUACAACAAGAACUAGAGGAGUACAAAGAUCGUGAAUUUAAACUGGAUAAUUUUAAAGAUGACAAUGAUGCAAUUACAUUUUACACUGGCUUUCCAAGCUAUGAGACUUUAAUAGGAUUUUAUGAAUAUUUCAAAGAAAAACUUGCAAAGCUGCAAUACUGGAAUAAAUGCAAUGCACCAGAUUCAUAUGCGUAUCAAGAAGAGGGAAGAAGAAAGCCUGGGCCAAAGCGAAAACUUUCACCACUUACUGAAUUUUUUAUGGUUUUGGUAAGAUUGAAAGUUGGUCUCUUUGUUAAGGAUAUUGCAAGUAGGUUUGGAAUAUCUCCUGGACAAUUUUCCAGAAUAUUUUGUACCUGGGUGAACUUUCUAAAGCUAGAAUUGCAGUUGGUAUUUCCCUUUCCUUCACAGUAUCUUGUAAGGAAGAACAUGCCUGAUCAGUUUAGAUUGUAUCCAACUACUCGUAUCAUUCUUGAUUGUACUGAGCUUUAUGUUGAAGUUCCAUCUUCAAUGCUUGCACAGUCACAGACAUGGUCCAACUACAAGCAUCAUAACACUUUCAAAGUAUUAGUAGGAAUAUCACCAAAUGGUCAAGUGACAUUUGUGUCAAAGCUAUGGGGUGGCCGUGUUUCUGACAAGGAAAUCACACAACAAUCAGGAGUGAUGCACUUAUUAGAACCUGGGGACAAUGUAAUGGCUGACAGAGGAUUUGAUAUUGGUGGUAUUUUGCCACCAGGCUGUCACCUGAAUAUCCCACCUUUUAAGGGCAUCAGAGACCAGCUGACAGCUGAUGAAGUCCAGGAAACAGCCCGCAUUGCAUCAGUGAGGAUACAUGUUGAGCGUGCUAUUGGUCGCAUAAAGAACUAUCAUAUUCUAGAAGGUACUUUACCUUUGAGUUUAGCACACGUAGCCGAUCAAAUAUUUUUUGUAUGUGCUUAUCUUACUAACUUUUUAACUCCUCUUCUUGAGCCUCAAAUGUGA